AUAUUUGCUACCGGGUGAAAAUGAUCACAUUUGUGUAAUAAUGCAGGUACACACAAUCCGUAAUAACGGGCGUAUGCAGGUCCACACCAAGUCAAUUUGUAGAAGAGGCCUAGUUGUUGCAUGUUAAGCAACUUAAACUUUUGUUGGGGGGGGAACAGAGCCUCCAUGUCCUCUGUGUGUGGGGACAGCGAGUCUGACCAGGAGCCCAAGCCCAAAAAGCAAUGUAGGAUGCGGGGACCAAGAGAACAGAGGGUGGCCACAGAGGUGUGUGACGCCGUACUGAUGCAGGUCACGGAGCGCUUCGCCUUCACCCAGCACCUCACCGGCGCCAGGCUGUUGCUCGCAGAGCUUUUCCCGCAACACAGGGCGAACUUCCCCAAGGCGGCCCUCGACACCACGGUGGCGGCCUACCCCGCGUUGAACAAGGCCAAGCUUAAAAAAGAGCUGUCCUUCAUCUACGACAACAGCGAGUUCAAGGCGUGCAGUGGCGCCGUGGCUAUGUACCAGUUUUUCAUAGCAAACGACCUUCAGAGCAUCUUCUCGGAGACUGUCCGCCUCCUCAAGAUCCUCAUCACCACACCCAUGACGACGGGGGAAUCCGAGAGGUGUUUCUCUACUCUGAAGAGGAUCAAGACCUUCCUGAGAAACACGGUGACACACGAUCGCCUUAAUGCGCUGGCCAUGCUCUCCAUGGAGAAGCAACUUCUCAGGGACAUUCCGGACUUCAACAAGAAGGUCAUCGAGAGGUUUCUUUGCCACUUGGAAGGAAGGAAGAGCGAAAUUCCUCUAAAAAUAAUUUGCAUGUUUCCCCACAACACUGACUGGCUGUUAUAAGGGAACUCUCAAUAAAUGUACGUUUUUAAAUAGAUUUUA